AUGAAGGCAGUCGCUGCGUUAAUGUCCUUGGGCUUGGCGACUUCGGCGUUGGCCACUCCGUCCUGGCACGACCUCGCCAUCACCGCCCCUCGCUACGGCCGACACUGCCUGGGAGCUCGUCCACAAGCUGAACAAGACGUCCAUCGAUCCAUCGACUUUUACCUCAAGACGCGCGCCGAGCAGGGCUACAACGCGGUCCAGACCGUCGUGAUCUCGGAGAAUAACGGGACAACGCGCCCCAAUUUCUACGGCGACCUCCCGUUCAACGACUCGGACACGACCAAGCCCAAUGAAGCGUACUUUGAGCUGGUGGACUGGACCGUGGACCUCGCUGCGAGUUACGGCAUCUUGAUGGUGCUUGUUCCUGCUUGGGGCAACUGGAUCAGCGGUGGGUGGCACGGCACCGAGGAGCCUCUUUUCAACGAUUUAACCGCGUAUGACUGGGGCAAGUUCAUUGGCGACCGGUACCCCGGAGUCCCGAAGAUCCUCGGAGGUGACACCAACUGCCUCUGGGCACGGAAUCUGAUGGCCUCGAGCAUUUCGUACGCUUCUAGCCCCGAUGUGGACCCUGCCACGCUCGUGGGGACGAUCGAGGACACGACCCACCUCUGGACCAGCAUGCGCUCGGGCUUGAAAGAUGGCGAAGAAGCUCAAGGUUACGAGCCUGUGAUCCUCUUCCACCCGACGGCGGGACGAAUCGCCAGGCCGCUGAGCACUCCGGAGGCGUUGGGUCACCUGAUGCUGCCGAAGGAGGAGGACCGCGUGUCCAUUGACGCGGUGCAGUCGGGCCAUGCCACGCCUGAGUCGCUUGGUGCGUUUACUCCCUUUGAAGCGAGAGACUCGACCAAGAACUACGAGCUCAUCGCUGCCAUGAGAGACGGCUUCACCGGCCCAGUGCUUGACCUCGAAAACCACUACGAAGGCGCGCACUACAACUUCGACCCGAACUAUCCGAUCUGGAACUCGUCCGAGGUGCGCACGGGUCUCUACAACGCAGUUUACAGCGGAGCCGCAGGCUUCACCUACGGCGCCAACAGCGUCUGGCAGAUGUAUGAGCCGCGCUCCGAUCUGCUCCGCGACAGCGACUACUACGCUCCUUCGGUGAACCAGAAUGUGUCGGGCUCUUGGCGCCGCGAUAUCUUCUUCGAAGGAGCCACACAGAUCCAGUACGUCACCAAACCGCUGCAGAACCGCACGAUUGAAGAACUCGAGCUGCUUCAACCCGCUCGCCACCUUCUCUCCAGUCCCCGCGGAUACUCGGACGUAGCGGUCAACGCGUUCGAGAGCACCAGAUUCAUUUCCGUGUUGGCAUCGGGAACCCACGACCGCUACUACGUGUACACGGGGCACGGUGACUCGUUUAGCCUCGAACUGGGCAACGGAUCGGAACGCUCGGGUGUUGCACGCUGGUUCUCCCCUCGCGACGGGCAGUACUACGCAGACUCUAUGGUGACCGUCGCUGCCAAUGGCGAUGACGCGCGUGUGGACUUCACUCCACCUUCGGGCGAAGGUGUCGACAACGAUUGGGUCCUGGUCCUGGAGUUUUAG